AUGUCAGGAUCAGUGGAUAAGAAGACCGGCUGUAGGGUAACGUAUAUUUGGCUUUCUGGAAGGGAUUCUCAUCAUGAUAUCCGAAGCAAAGACCGGACGAUGUAUUUAACAGAUGAGGAACUGAAGAAACACCCCAAGGAUCUUCUUGCUGAAGGGUUUUUUCCCUUGUGGAAUUUUGAUGGCUCGUCGACAAACCAAGCCCACGGCGCCGAUACAGAAAUCAUUCUGAAGCCCGUUAAUGCAUACCAUUGCUGUCUUCCGCGACCCACGACGACUGUGCCACGGAUUCUUGUGCUGGCUGAGUGUCAUCUCCCAUCUGGAGAACCAACAAGAGAUAACUCGCGUGCCAUGGCUCGCCUUAUAUUUGAGCAGAAACCAAAUGAACAUCCUUGGUUUGGAAUGGAGCAGGAAUUUUUCUUAAUGAAGGAUGGGCGACCUUAUGGAUGGCCGGCGACUGGUUUUCCAGCCCCACAAGGUCCUUAUUACUGUGCGACGGGGUUCCCGUUUGCUCCUGGGAGAAAAUACAUUGACUUGCACUAUGAGAUUUGUCUGCAGAUGGGGCUCAAUGUCUCUGGCACGAACGCCGAGGUUGCGCCUGGUCAGUGGGAGUUUCAGGUGGGUCCUUGUGAAGGUCUGGAGAUGGGUGAUCAGUUGACUGUGGCACGCUGGGUGUUGCUGAGGAUUCUGGAGGACGAGGGAUUGGACGUGGAGUACCGCGCAAAACCAAUUCAAGGUGAUUGGAACGGCAGUGGGCUUCAUACCAAUUUCUCUACACAGGCAACGCGCUCUGAGAACGGAUUGGACGUUAUUUACAAUUAUGUAGAGCGUUUGAAGCAAACGGUUCGGAAGGAUAUUAUUUUUUACGGGCCCGAAAACAAUGAGCGUUUAACCGGAAAACACGAAACCUCAGUACCGAACGUGGUGACUGCCGGAGUUGGCACGAGGAAGACGUCUAUUCGCAUUCCAAAUUCUGUUGCAAAUGAUAGAAAGGGGUAUAUGGAAGAUCGACGACCCGCUGGCGAUGCUGAUCCUUAUCUCGUCUCAUCAAGACUCUUUGCCUCCUGUCUUUCUCUUGACACUCCAGCCUUGGAUCUGGUCUCACCACUCCACGAAAAAGGUUGGAUGAACUUUCCUGUGGUGCAGUCAUAA